CUGGAAACCUUUGAUUGUUUCACUCUAAGAUGUUGUUCUUGUGUUCGAAUUUUCUUGCAGUACUUCUUUUCCUGGACGUUUCAGGAAAAAACACAUCUUUAUUGAUAAUUUUGUUUGGUAACCUUUGUCAAAUAGCAUGAAGUUCUAUGAUUAUCAAAUAUCAUAAAACCUCAUUAACUUUCUGUUCCAGUUUUCUUAGAUAGUGAGUUCCUUUGCUUAACUUGAAUGCAAGAUUGUAGGCGUGUAUUUUUCAGUGACCUCUUUCAAAGAAUGUGAAUCAUUUGAUUAGAAGCUGAUUGAGAUCUAUGACAAGCUGAAGACACUGAGAACUUUGAGAUCGCGAUGAUCCCCUUUCAAUACAUGUUAUUCAUGAUGCUUUGAGUUCUAUGACAUAACUAGCAUGACAAGCUCUCUGCGUUGAUGCUUUAAUCUGUCUCAUAUCUACAGCGAGUGACCAAAAUUUUGUCUUCGUAGAGUCUGGUGUCUGAUCUUGUAGGGAAGAGUAUUCUCUUUACUUCUCUGCACAUCUGUGUCCACCAUUCCGUGCUUUUACACCAACACAGAGAGAAUCAUAUGAGAAGAUUAAAGCCAAAAAUGAAAAUAUGGGAGUAAUUUUCUUGUCCAGUGACAAAAACCGUGCUUCCUUUGGUGACUAGUUUGAUACAAUGCUACAGUUAGCUCUUCAGUUUAGCAAUGAAAGGAAGCAAUCCUCAAGUCGCGUUUUACAAAGUUCAUGGCAUACCAACAGGAUAGAUAUGGUCAUUCCAUUGCGAGGAGUGUAACUUUGAUCCGCACUCAAAAUGUACUUGAGAAUAAAAGGAUAACAACAUGGAUCCUGAGGCCUGGGGAAGAUCAUACAGAGCAACACAGACAAAAAAACAACAAAUGAAGGAUGUGUUGUGAUGAUGAAGUUUGUUUCAAAGCAUAAUUUAUAGUUAUGGUUGAUGGCUUCUAAAACUUGUUUUAUGACUAUGUUUUUUAUAACAUAAGGCACAUAUACAUUGUAUAAUAGUAAUCAUUAACCUCAAACGCUAGCUCAUGAGGGAGAAUUGCUCAAGCUCAUAAGUAGAUCACUAGUCCGUUUCCCAACCAAUGUAAGACUUCAACCCACUCUAAGACCCUCCUUCACACCCACGCCCAAUUGGAGCAUGAACCUGGAGCCCAAACGAGGAUGGACUUGGCUCUGGUGUCAAGUAAAGACGAUUGGCAUGAAAAUCACGUUCACUUACCUGAAAUGGAAAAGCUUAUAAGAAUUUCCAUCAAUUAUUUCUUUUAAAGUUAACAGGUUACUUUUCUCCUUCAGAUGAUAAGAUAAUCUGUACAUGAAAAUAUUACUAUAUGAUUAAUUGAUGAAAAAAAAUCAUUUUUAUCAGUAACACACUCAUAAAAGAUAACAGAAACAAAGAGAAAUUUAAUAAUGUUAUUUGGAGAAGCCGGCAGGCCAAAGACAAAGCAGCAUAUAUGAGGAAUCUUGGUCAGUGGAGGAAUCAAGAUGCCACUGUCCAUUCUAAAUAAUAAUAUUCCAUUUCAUUUGUCACUAUUGUAUAGUCUAUUUUGAUUAUAUAAUAUUGUAGCAAAUUGUAACAAAAUGCCCUUCAAAGUUUAGUCUAGGCAGCUAAUACUUCUAAUCCAAUUUAAUAUGUAUUUGUGACAGGGCCGGCCAGGUUGAACCUUCAGAUGAAAUUGACUGGCAAGUGCUCGUUGUCCCUGAUAAGUUUCCUUUAAGAGAGAAUAAAAACAGAACAUGUCAAAUGGACAUGUUGAGUAUUGUACAGUUUUGAGAGAGAGAGGAAUCAGUAACUUAUGGCUAUGGCGAAUGAUCUCACAGUUGUACUGUCUUCAAAGGAGAGAGACUUUCUAAUAAGUACAAAAGGCGAACAGGUUACAUUGAGCAGCAUAACAGGAAAGAUUGUGGGCUUGUAUUUCUCUGGUUCAUGGUGUGGUCCAUGUCGCCAGUUUACACCAAAGUUGGUGGAAGCUUAUGAGAGUCUGUAUCCUAAAGGUGAUUUUGAAAUAGUGUUCAUGUCAUCUGAUAAAGAUGACGAAUCGUUUAAUGAAUACUUUGAGAAAAUGCUGUGGCUUGCUGUUCCAUUUUCUGAUGUUGAGGCUAGAAAGAACUUAAAGCAGUUGUUCAAAGUAAGGGCAAUUCCACAUCUUGUGAUUCUUGAUGGGACAGGCAAAGUUUUGAGCAACGAUGGCGUUAAAUAUAUCAAGCACUUUGGUCCUGAAGCCUAUCCAUUUACAUCUGAAAGAAUUAAUUACUUGAGGCUGGAAGAAGAGAAGGCUAAAGAAAAUCAGUCUUUGAGAUCUCUUCUGGUCUAUGGAUCACGCGAUUACUUGAUCUCGAAUGAAGAGAACAAGAUUCCCGUGCCUGAGCUUGAAGGGAAAACAGUUUGCCUAUAUUUCGGAACGAGUACUCAUAGAGGGUGCAAGAAUUUCACCUUGAAGCUAGCAGAGGUAUACGAAAAGCAUAAAGGAAACAACUUUGAAAUUGUGCUGAUUUCUCUGGAUGAAAAAUAUGAGGAUUUUAAAGAAAGCUUUGAAGCAAUGCCAUGGUUGGCUUUACCUUUCAAAGACAAGAACUGUGAGAGACUUGUUCAGUACUUUGAGCAUAAACUCCUACCGCAGCUUGUCGUAUUAAGUCCAGAUGGGAAGACUCUGCAGCAAAAUGCAGUUAAAUUUGUCGAAGAAUAUGGUGACGAAGCAUUUCCUUUCACACAAGAAAAGCUUGCUACUUUGGCUGAUCUAAAGAAGAAAAAACUAGAAGCACAAACAUUAGAGUCCAUUCUUGUUACUGCAGAUCGAGAUUUUGUCAUUUCAAAUGGCGGUUUAAAGGUUCCUGUACACAAACUAGUAGGGAACAACAUUGUACUGUAUUUUGCAGCAAGUUGGAGUCUCCCAAGUCGAGAAUUUCAACCCAAACUCGAAACUGCAUACCAAGAAAUCAAGAAGAAGGAUGAAAAUUUUGAAGUGAUUUUCAUCUCUAGUGAUCAAGAUGAGUCUUCCUUUACUAACUUCUUUUUAAGUAUGCCCUGGUUGGCACUUCCUUUCGACGAUGAAAGGAGAUCAUUUCUGUCGCGCAGAUUCAACAUUGUAGGCAUUCCAGUGGCCAUAGCAAUUAGUCCUAGUGGCUUCACUGUGAAUACACAAGUAAGGCAGCUAUUAGAGACGCACGGCUCAGGAGCCUAUCCCUUCACAGAAGAACAUAUAAAGAAUUUGCAGCAACAACUCGACAAAAAUACAACAGGUUGGCCCAAGAAAGACAGAAAUGAAAGUCACAAUGAGCAUGAACUUGCAUUGAUACAUCAGCAAGUGUAUCUCUGCAGUGGGUGCAAGGAGAUGGGGUACGGGUGGGCUUUCUUCUGCAAGCGUUGUGAUUAUGGGCUCCAUCCAAAAUGUGCUCCAAAACAGGAAGAAAUGAACUGAAAACAAAUGUUUGAUGAAAAACCAAGCUCCUUUUAGUAACAUGAUAGAUCCACUUUAACCUCAUACAUGACCUCUAGUUAAUCUUGUGAUUAAAAUAGUGCUUUGUGUGUAAUUUGUAUCAUUCUUAUGUCUGACCUUCAAAUAAAAAGUUGUUAGAUCAACUUUAUUAUGCAACUAUGUAUGGUAGGAGUGGCUCUUCGGGCCGAUCACAAAUUUUUGGCCAUGUACAGAAGUCGAGGAUUCGUUUGGAAACAGCCUCUCUACCUCCAGAAGGUAGGGGUAAGGUUUGCUACAAUCUGUCCUCUCCAGACCUCACCUGUGGAAUUUCACUAGAUAUGUUAUUGUUCUUCAGUUGUCCUCUCUUAUUUCCAUCUCACAGUGAGAAGAUGGAGGGUAAAAUCGAUCGUCAAUACUACUGCCCUUAUGGAUAGGCAAAGCUACCUCCUUGACAGGUUAUGAAGCUACCAAGCUUCUCUUAAAGCCAAAAGAGGGGCAGUCUGGUGCACUAUAGCUCCCGCUACUAUGCGCAGGAUCGGGGAAGGCUUGAAACCAAGUAGUAGAACAAUGAGAGCCAACAUGAUAACUACAUUUUGUUUUUGUUUUCUCCACAAGAUGACUGGAGGGUGCUAGAUGGACUAAAGUCAAACUAGAUAAAAAAAGCAGACCCUAUGUAUCGGAUCCUCCAAAAAAGCAUUAUUUUUGGACGAUCUAUACACACUCUUGACAUUUUAAAAAAAAUUGACCAACAUAGAUUUAACGAUUUCAAUAGGAAGUGUAGGGAUAAAUAUAACAAACAAAAGUUGCUUAAAAAAUUACAAAUCCUAUAUUUGAAACCCAUAGUCAUUAAUCUCCAACACUUUAGAACUUCACAAAUACUUAAAUAAAUAAAUAAAAGUUAUCAUCAGGCCCAUUAUGUUGUUCUUAUUUUGUAUUCACACUCGGUGUUAAAGUCCAUAUUAGAGUUUUGACUAAUUCGAAUUCACACUAAAAUGACCAUUUCGAAAGUAUAAAAUUUUUUCCAUAUUUUUAACUCGAACUAAAACUUCUUGAAGUAGUUCUAGGUUUCACCACAACUCAUGUUAGUAUAUUGUGUCUUGAAUGCUCUUUUUAGUUUGUGGCUAUUAAUUUCCUUAUGGCCUCAUCAAAAACAGGGAAAAUUAUGAGGACAGGAUAUUCCAAAUCACUAUUUUACUAACAAAUGGAUGGCUGAAAAUGAAUUCUACCC